AUAAUGCACAGAUACUACAGUUCCCCUUCAUCCUGUCUUAAUGACUCGAUCUUGUCUUGUCUUGUUGUGUUCACUCAGGCCCAGGCGGUCACACUCACGGUGGCUCAGGCCUUCAAAGUGGCCUUCGAGUUCUGGGAGGUUGCCAAAAAAGAGAGAGAGAACCGUGAGAAAUGGGAUUCAGCUGGAGAGACGUCCAACAGUUCACAGUCAGAGAGAUCGGUCAGCCUGAACAGCCUUAAAGUAGGAGCAGUAGCUACAGAGAACCUGUUGGACAUUGAUGAUUACUCAUCUGCUGUGGAAAAUGUGGACAAUCCUCCCGAACCCAACAACAACAGCACCACCCUAUGGGAGAUGAAUGAUGGUCUGGAAGAGGCUUUUUCAAGCUGCAGUUUGGAUAGCUAUGAGUACUCUCCAGACUCGCUAAGUCUCGUACUAACCCCCGGGUCCUGGACAUUGGAGUGAGGCCUCAGGACUGGAACUCUGAGACCGAUUGGGACAAGACCAAUGGAAACACACCAAACGCCGAUGAGCUCUUCAGUC